CUCCACUCCCAGCCUCUCCCACCGCCUGUCCCUUCAUCUCCUGCCCACACCUCCAUCCCAUCCGCCGCCCCUCCCCCAGCCAUGGGCUCCUCCAAGAUUCACGACAACCACAUCCCGGCGCUCCGCUCCGCCGGCGCGGAGGCCGACACGGUCAUCGAGCCAGCCCAGGACACCUCCGUCUGUGCUCCCUCCGGCAUCUGCCUCCUCGAGGAUCCGGUCAAGGGCUACGUUCCCCUGCCCGGGGGACCGGUCUUUGCUCAGGGCCGCAUUGUGCAUGGGUUCGGCCGCGGUAGCAGCCAGCUGGGCAUUCCGACUGCCAACCUGCCUGAGAAUAUCUCCAACGCCGCGGCACACCACCUGCCGACUGGAGUGUACUUCGGCUAUGCCUUGGUGAGCCGGCCAGAUUCGCCGGUCGAACAAGACUCCUCCAUCCCCCCGCCCCCCUCCCCAAGUAUCGAUGACAUUCUGCCGAAGCAUGCCCUGCCAAUGGUCAUGUCCCUCGGCUGGAACCCGCAUUUUGCCGACGAGAAGAAGUCGAUGGAGGUUCACAUUCUGUGGAACUUCUCCAGGACUUUCUAUGGCGCACACCUGCGCGUGGCCGUUCUCGGGUACAUUCGCCCAGAGCGCAAGUUCCCCUCGCUACGCGCCCUUGUCAAGUCCAUCCGCCGGGAUAUCGAGGUUGCCCGUCGCAUCCUCGACCCCGAGGGGAUCACCCUACAGAAGCCCUUCCCCCCGUGCAAGUUCGAGUCGGCUGAUGCCUGCCAGGAUGAGGCCUCCGAUGAGGAGCCCUGCACCGACCUGCCAGUUGACCAGCUCGCCAUCGAUGAGGCCGACCGUCGGGCCUUCCGUGCUGUGCUGGAUGACGAGUUCUUCGCCUGUGCGUAGGUGGGCCAGUACCGUGUGCACCCCUUUGGCCCGGCGACUACGUGCGUCGUGUGUGUGUGUGUGUGUGUG